ACCAAUAAAUAUUGAAGUUUAAAUUAUAAAUAUAUAUUACCUUAAUAACUGGAGGUGCAACCACUACUGAAGUAAUUCCAUCAUAAUAUAAAAUAGUUUCUUGUCCAAUAAUAAUAGCCCCCCCUAAGGGAGAAGGUACAGGGAUGAUUAUGGAAGCCUCUGUCUCCACAUUAUCCUGCUUCCAGGGCACUUUAACAAUCGUCAAUGCUUUAAACUCCUUUUCCCGAACAGAAAUUUCGUGUGUUUUAACAUGUCUUCCAUUAACGUCUUGAUAAAUUAAAAUUAACGUGGGGUUUGCACAACCGUGAAGAAACUCUAUAUCAUGCACCUGCAGUUCUUCCAUUUUAAUAUUUGAUGCUUUAAGUUCCGAGUUAUCUUUAUCCAGUGGAAUUAUUUUAAAAAGGCCAUCAUAGAGCCUGAGACCAAUAACUCUUGCUUUUGGAUCGAUUACGGCCAAUAUCCCAGUGUCUGAUGGUUUGCCUAUUCUAUCAGCCACAUUUCCAUGUGCUUUAGUUAUUAUUUCAAUGUUUUCUCCAUCAUUUAUGCAUUCCAAUAUCAUGGCAUUGUAUCUCAUGGUCACAAUAAACAAUAAAUCCUUUCUUUCAUGCUAAAAUAGUCCGAAAAUUAGUAAACAUUGCUUUGUAAACAUGCUUUAUUUAUCAUACUUGAGGCCUGAAAAGCUUCAUAACAGCAACUUUGCCAUACAAUCCAACCUCUUUGAUGGGCCUUAGCCCCUCUGGGGUAACUAAAUAUAUUUCUAAUCGUGUAUUUUUCGCAACAAUCAAAUUAAGAUCAGUGGGAGAAGUAAAAUUGCCUGAAAAUUAAGGGGUUAAAACGCUAAUGUCAAUUUUAAAAUUACUUUUCUUAAUACCGGUUACACAAGCCGUAACUGCUGUCGGCUUGUGAGCCGUAACCACAUAAUGAUGUGCCAUUUUUCAGUUUCAACAAUUAUUAUACCACGAUAACUAAUUAACACUUCAUUUAUCCGAUUUAAAACAUGUUUAAAUCACUUGAAAGCACAAACUUCAUUUAAGUGACAUUAGAUGCAAGAAGGCAAACAUGGCCAACAACCGUAUCAAAGCAAAACAAAUCAGAAAAUGGCUUUUUCACGGGGACUAAUCGUCUCUUAAAUUUAAUGAAACAAAAAUAUUUGACAACACAAUUCUUUUAUUUAUCUUCUGUUUAUUGUUAAUGUGGAUUCGGUUUUUCUAUGCCCGACAUUCGUAGCCAACUUCACGGGGAUCAUGUGUCAAUAAUUUUUAACGUCAAAUAAAAACAAAUGCAUGUGAAGUUUGAUCGAUAUUUUACAAGGAUAAGUCAAAAUGAAGCGUACCACAAGAAGAACAAAGAAGCAAACUGUCACGAGCAGCAGCUCUGAAGAUGAGGAUGAUAAACCCAUAGUAAAAAAGUUAAAAACUCCCCAAAAGAAAAAUAGAGUUCCGAAAGACACCGAUGAAUCUUCCAGUGACAGUGACAUUGAAAACUACCUGCAACCAGUUGAUAAAAUAAAUUUAAUGUCUUCUUUCUUUGAUGUCCAAAAAAAGGAUAAUGUGCCUUUUGAUAAGGUGGAAAAGAACAUUUUUGCUGGGGUUACCAGGUUGAGUGACUCUGAUUCUGAUUCGGAUGUUGAAAUGAAGGAAGACAAAAAAGCUGAAGAAGCAAUGGAGGUGAUAUCUCAAACAAGCGAAAAUGUGGCAAAAGAAGCUUUUCAACGUAUGGACGAUUAUAAUAAACAACUGGAAGAAGCUAAGCUACAGAUAGCAGAAUAUGAAGCAAAUAAAAAGAAAAACGAAGAAAAUGCUGUGGAUAUCUCCCAUCUUCUAAUAAGGGGAGAAAAUGUUGCUCAGAAUGAUUCCAUAAGAAUGGAAGAUCUACAUUCGAGUGAUUUUGAAUCAGAUGAAUCUGAUGAGGGCUGGGAGGAAAUUAAAACAGCAACACAAGAAGAUAAGAAUGAAGAAAAAGGUGUUGUUCCUAGCAGUGGCCUCCAAAUCACUGUAAAUAUGCCUGAUGCUGUUAAAAAGAAGAAGGGAGUGGAUUUGGUAGCAGCUUUAAAAAGAAGAUUGAAUAGAAUCAGGAAAGAAAACCAGGUUUAUGUGCAUAAGGUUCAUUUAUUGUGCAUGUUGGGGCAUGGAAAUUUCGUUAAUUCGGUUAUUAAUAAGGAGGAAAUACUCAAGUCUGCAUUAAAAUUGCUACCUUCUGAAAAAGCAUAUCCAUCUGAUAGAGUUGAUUUGGAAUAUCUAGAACGAAUAGUGAAAUGGUACAAAAAGACCAUGAAACUAAAUGACAAAGACACAAAUGAAAUGCAAUUAGAUGAAGCACUUCAAGAACAGAUUCUAAAGAAAGAAGUUUACAAUAAAAAUAUGCUGUGCUAUAUUUUUAUUGCACUCAUGAGAGCUUUGGGCAUUCAAUGUAGAUUCGUUUUAUCACUGCAGGUAGAACCAUUAAGACCACCUGCAAGUGAAUUGCAUUCCCUAAGCACUAAAACUGAAGAAACCAAGAAAACCUCACAUAAGCAAAGCAAACCAUCUGCCUCAAAAGCAAAUACUGUGAAUACUAGCAAAAUAAAUAUUUCCAAAUUAAAUAAGUCAAAAAAUGGUCACACAAAAGCUAAACAACCUGCCAAGGACACUAAAUUAAAUGAAGAAAAGACCAAAACAAAUGCAACUAGGUCCAAAAGUCCCAAACCCAAAACAGAAUCUAAACAAAAAAGUGAAGGAACAAAGACAUCCACAACUGGUAAACUUAAAGAAGAACCAAAAAAAUCUUCCAAAACAAAAGAUGUUUCAGAAAAGUCGGAACCCAAGAAAACAACCAGGAAUACGAAAUCAAAAAAAGAAGAAACUUCAUCUAAAGAAUCUCUAGAAGUUCCAAAAAGUACAAGAAGCAAAAGUCCCAAUGUAAAGGAAGAAACAAAAUCAGAAGAACCCAAGAAAACUACUAGAACUACAAAAGCAAAAAAAGAAGAAACUUCAUCUAAAGAAUCUCUAGAAGUUCCAAAAAAUACAAGAAGCAAAAGUCCCAAUGUAAAGGAAGAAACAAUAUUAGAAGAACCUAAGAAAACUACUAGAACUACAAAAGCAAAAAAAGAAGAAACUUCAUCUAAAGAAUCUCUAGAAGUUCCAAAAAAUACAAGAAGCAAAAGCCCUAUAGUAAAGGAAGAAACAAAAUCAGUAGAACCCAAGAAAACUACCAGAACUACAAAAGCAAAAAAAGAAGAAACUUCAUCUAAAGAAUCUCUAGAAGUUCUAAAAAAUACAAGAAGCAAAAGUCCUAUAGUAAAGGAAGAAACCAAAUCAGUAGAACCCAAGAAAACUACCAGAACUACAAAAGCAAAAAAAGAAGAAACUUCAUCUAAAGAAUCUCUAGAAGUUCCAAAAAGUACAAGAAGCAAAAGUCCUAUAGUAAAGGAAGAAACAAAAUCGGAAGAAUCCAAGAAAACUACUAGAACUACAAAAGCAAAAAAAGAGGAAAUCUCAUCUAAAGAAUCUCUGGAAGUGCCAAAAAGAACAAGGAGUAAAAGUCCCAGAAUAAAUGAAGAUAAAGAUUCCCUGGAACUACCUAAAAGAGUCAGGGUCAAGAGUCCAAAAAUAGAUGAAGAAAAGGCCAAAUCCCCUUUAAUAAAAAUACAAAUGACAUAUGAUAAAAGCGAAGUUGUAGUAAAUAAAAUGGAAAAAGAAACUAAAAAACCUGCAAAGGAAAAAAGAGAAAUCAUAAAAGUAAAAUUACCGCAAAGAAGUACCAGAAGAAACAAUAUUCCUCAGUUGGAUGGCAGCUCAGAAGACUACAAUUCGGAAAAAAGACCACAGUUGUCAAUAAAAUUAUUCAAAGAUAAUUGUACAUCAAGCCCAAUAGUUAAAAAUAUUCAUCCACAUUAUGAAACAGAAAAAAGACCACAGUUGUCAAUAAAAUUGUUUAGAGAUUAUUGUAAUUCAAGCCCAACUGUAAAUGAUAAAACCAAAGUUUAUCAGUCGUUUAUUUUGCCUAUGAAGAAAGCAAAUGAGGCCAAAAAGCACAAAUUAAAUGACAAAAGAAAGCUUGUGAUUAGGCUAGAAAGGAUGAACUUUAAGAACUUACAAAAGAAGGUUUUAAAAAAUAAACUGGAGAAUGGUUCCAAAGUGCCACUAAAGAAAACAUUUAUAGCUAAAAACAAUAGGAAACAAGUCAUCAAAAUAAAGUGGCCUUGGAAGCGCAUACUUAUACCACAGUUGGACGGAAAUUUUGAUGAUUCGUUUGAAAGCGACGUUCCAAUGGACUCAUCUGAAGAUGAGGAUGAAACCACUGAAGAAAGCGAUGUUGAAUACAUUACCAACUUGCUCUUGGACGGUGUUGUUGAUUCAAUUCCUCAGGUAGAUGGCGCUGAUGAUGUCAAAACCAAAAAAUCUUCCAAACCUAACCUAAAGAAACUGAGGAAUAGCGCUAAGGAGGAAUUAUGUCCGAAGUUGGAUAAAUGUAGUAAGAAAUUGAAAGUUUCUUUGAAGAAAUUGGUGGAAAAUGAUUCAGGUGAGGAAUUUAGUAGCCCCCGAACCCCUUUCAACGUCAAAAACGUAAACUCCCCCAAAAUAAAUCUGUCCCGACUGAAAAACAAACCGCCGGGAAAAUCGAGCAAAAAAUCGCCCGUUUCAGAAAACGCCAGCAAGUACCACUCCCCGCCCGGGAAGCAGAUGGACGUGCGGGACGACAUCGUGAGCCUCAUCAAGGGCAGGAUAUCCGAACAAAAGCAGAUCGACAGAUCCAAAAUGGUCAAAAAGCCGAAGAAAAAGUUCGACUCGGAUUCCGACUCGGAUUACGCGCCCGAUCCGAUCGAGAAGAAGCACCACGACAGCGACGACGAGUUCGCGCCGAAGGUCAAGGUCAAGCAGCGGGUGUCGGUGAACAGGAAGGCUUCGCCGCAGGAUAAGGGCGAGAAGCCGAAGAAAAAGGGCAACGAUGUUUGGUGCGAGGUGUUUUUGGAGGCUGAGGAGAAAUGGAUCAGCGUGGACGUCGUUUUUGGACAGAUACACUGCGUUAAAGAAAUAUUUUCGAGAGCCAGCCAUCCAAUAUCCUAUGUGGUAGCUUGGAAUAAUAAUAACAACAUCAGAGACAUUUCAGCAAGGUACUGCCAAAACUUUAACACAGUCACAAGAAAGCUCAGAAUCGAUGCCAAGUGGUGGGAAAGCAGUCUUAAACCCUUUGAAGGCACCAAAACGGUGAGAGACAAAGAGGAGGACGACGAAAUGGAAAGACAACAACUAGAAAAACCUCUACCAACCGUCAUCGGAGAGUACAAAAAUCAUCCACUUUACGCGUUGGAAAGGCAUCUGCUAAAGUUCGAAGCGAUCUAUCCGCCGGAACCGCCGAUUUUAGGCUACGUGAGGAAAGAACCGGUGUUUCCCCGGAACUGCGUGUACGUACUGAAAAGCAGGGACAUCUGGCUGAAAGAAGCUAAAACAGUCAAGAUGGAUGAAAAGCCGUAUAGAAGUGUGAAGGCCAGGCCGAAAUAUGACAAGUUGUCGAACAAAAAAAUUACCGACCAAAUGUUAGAGGUGUUUGGGCCUUGGCAAGUGGAAGACUACGACCCCCCUACAGCCCAAAACGGGGUCGUUCCUAGGAAUGCGUUUGGCAACGUGGACCUAUUCAAGCUUUGUAUGUUGCCGAAAAAAUGCGUCCACUUGCAAUUGCCAGGUUUGAAUAAAGUGGCCAGAAAAUUGAAUAUAGACUGCGCUGCGGCGAUAGUCGGGUUUGAUUUUCAUGGAGGUUGGAGUCACCCCACUUAUGAUGGAUUCGUGGUUUGCGAGGAGUUUAAAGACACGUUAAUUGCCGCCUGGGAGGAAGAACAAAUCGAGAUUGAGAAGAAGGAGGGGGAGAAAAUAGAUAAAAGGGUCUAUGGAAAUUGGAAGAGGCUUAUUAAGGGUCUUUUGAUCCGAGAGCGGUUGAAGAGGAAAUAUGAUUUUGGGGAACCCUCAGGGGAGGGAAAGAAAAAAGGGAAGGGAAUUAAACUCACCAAUAAACGUAAAAUUGAAAGUGAUUCCGAGUAAAAUAGGUUUUGUUACCUAACUUGUUUAUUUUAAUGUUUGUUAAGUUAGUUUCCAAAAUACUCUAAUGUUUGUACUUUUUCUAAGCAGUAUUCUGUUGUGUUUUAUAGCAUUUAAGAUUAUAAGUGUUAAUUAUGUUUCAAGAAUCUCAGGGUUGAUAUUUGUUAGUUGUUUUGUUUGUUUUAUAUUAUAU